AGCUUCAUUUUCUGAUCUGCUUUUGUGCUAAAAUGGAGGCUGGCCUCUCGCCCUGAGUGGAUCGCCUUCCUGGUUUAGGUUUAGAUGUUGACAUGCAAUAAAUCUGGAGACAGGAUGGUUGUGGAUGCACCUAAUUCCAAUGGGCCUUUUCAGCCUGUGGCUCUUAUGCACUUCAGAGAUGUGGCCCCCGCAGAGCAGGAGAAGCUCUUCAUCCAGAAGCUUCGCCAGUGCUGCGUUCUUUUUGACUUCCUGUCCGACCCGCUGAGCGACCUGAAAUGGAAGGAAGUGAAGCGGGCGGCGCUGAGCGAAAUGGUGGAGUACAUCACCCACAACAGGAAUGUCAUCACAGAGCCCAUCUACCCGGAGGUGGUGCACAUGUUUGCAGUAAAUAUGUUCAGAACAUUGCCUCCAUCGUCCAACCCCACUGGAGCGGAGUUUGAUCCAGAGGAAGACGAGCCAACACUUGAAGCUGCAUGGCCACACCUCCAGCUCGUCUAUGAAUUUUUCCUUAGGUUUUUAGAAUCGCCCGACUUUCAGCCUAACAUAGCAAAGAAAUACAUCGACCAGAAAUUUGUUAUGCAGCUCCUAGACCUAUUUGACAGUGAGGAUCCCAGAGAGAGGGACUUCCUCAAAACCACCCUCCACAGGAUCUAUGGAAAGUUCCUGGGGCUGAGAGCGUACAUCAGAAAACAGAUCAAUAACAUUUUCUAUAGGUUUAUCUAUGAGACAGAGCACCAUAAUGGUAUAGCUGAACUACUGGAAAUACUUGGAAGCAUAAUCAAUGGAUUUGCCUUACCACUUAAAGAAGAGCACAAGAUUUUCCUGUUGAAGGUUUUAUUGCCUCUGCACAAAGUCAAAUCACUCAGUGUCUACCAUCCACAGCUGGCCUACUGCGUGGUGCAGUUUUUGGAAAAGGACAGCACUCUAACUGAGCCGGUGGUAAUGGCUCUACUAAAGUACUGGCCAAAGACUCACAGUCCCAAGGAAGUGAUGUUCCUCAACGAGCUGGAGGAGAUCCUGGACGUCAUCGAGCCCUCUGAGUUUGUUAAAGUGCAGGAACCUCUUUUCAGACAGCUGGCCAAGUGUGUGUCCAGCCCGCACUUUCAGGUGGCAGAGAGAGCUCUGUACUACUGGAACAACGAGUACAUCAUGAGUCUGAUCAGCGACAACGCAGCAAAGAUCCUGCCGAUUAUGUUUCCUGCUCUGUACCGCAACUCUAAGACCCACUGGAACAAGACCAUCCACGGCCUCAUCUACAAUGCUCUGAAGCUUUUCAUGGAGAUGAAUCAGAAGCUCUUUGAUGAUUGCACACAGCAGUUCAGGGCCGAGAAAAACAAAGAGAAGGCAAAGUCAAAAGAACGUGAAGAGGCUUGGAUCAAGAUCGAGAACCUCGCCAAGUCAAAUCCACAGUUCUUUAUGUAUGUUGAUUCCUCUGACCUCAAUAGUCCUGUAGCAAUGGAGACGGAUGUCCCUUUGAUAGAAGAUGUUCUGAGGUUAAAAAAGACAGUUGAGGAGGGCGCGACUCAGUUGCAGCAUGACCAGCGGAAAGAGCGGCCUAUGGUGCGACGCAAAUCUGAGUUGCCUCAGGAUAUCUACACCACAAAAGCCUUGGAGUCCCACCGCAGAGCUGAAGACAUGUUGACCACCCACGAUGGACUCUAGGUCCCGCCACCUGCCGGCUCUUUGUUCAACUGCCCCUUUUACCCUCGACAGCCAUGGACAUCCUCUUCGCCCAGGCGCCAGAAUUACACUGACGACCCAUGUUGGGCUCUCCAUCCCUCCUCCCAGCACCAGUUUUCCCAGAAUCCUCAGUCCUCCUUCAUUCCUGCUGCCCCAGUGCAGAAGCCCCGUUUCCUCCUCCCUCAGAUUUCUGCUUUCUCAGGUUUUUUUUUUCUUUAUUUGGAGAGGAGUGGGAGUGUGUUUGUUUGUUUGUUUGUUUGUUUGUUUGUCUGUUAGCCUUCUCCACAUUCAUUGUGUUCUCCGAUUAUUUCCCCGAUCGGUUCCUCUUACCUUGCUUUCUCCUUCCAUCCCCCUGUGCGCUCACUGUAAAUGUGGAAUCUGGGAGUAUGGAUGCCACAAUGCUGGCUCCUUCAUUCCUUCUUGCAAACACAGUGGAUUUGACAUGGAAACAUAGGAACUGACUGACUCACUGUCUAAGGAUCGUCACUUGGUCUCUGCUUGGUUUUCUUUUCUGUCAAAGGGAACAAAAACAGAACCUGUUGAUCAGAUGAACGACAUGACUUUCCUGUCAUCCGUUGUAUGUUUUUUUUUUUUUUUUUUUUGCUCAAUCUAAUGGACAUCUUGUCAGUGCCAAGACUGUUGUGUUCUUUAUGUUUGUUUUCAUGUUUUUAUCUGUGACUUUAACAGGGACACCUGCCUUUUUGUUUUGGGUCACUGGUGUUUGAAAGUUUUUUUUUUUAUUAUUAGUUUUUUUUAAAGUUUAGCACACCAGACCAAACUGAGACUCGUCCUUCAGCCUUGCAAUGUCCAGGAAAGGUGGCGAGGAAAGAGUAAGUUGUCCUGUGGACAUCUGACACUUUCCAUGUUAUUGUUUUGUGCCAUAUGCCGCUCUUUUAUAUGCUCGCUUCCUUAUGUUCGUUGGCAAUAUUUGAAAACCAGACCAUAGUGAUGACUAGACAGUUCAAACAAUGGUACUUACUGUUUUUGAGUUUCGUAGAUGAGGAUGAACCUGAAUGAAAGCUGUUUGUAUUUGCUACCUAAGUUGCAUUAGCAAUAUCCAGUGCUUGGAUGUAACAAUGGGAGCCCAUAUAACGGCUGCAUAAUCAAGAGGAGAGCGCGGCUGUGGGGUGUUAGGGGUGAGUGGUGGGUUUUAUAUAUACUGUAAAAUACAUAGGGAUGAUUAUCUUUGUAAAGGAAAUAUAAUUGGAGAUAAGUUUUUUUUUUUUUUUUUUUUUUUUUAGAGCUGUACUGUCACAACACCUAAAAACUCCACUCACUGAUGGUUUUUAGCAGCCGUUACUAUGUUAGGACCUUUGCUCAUUGUGUUUCUUUUUAUUAUAUCAUAUUGUAUGCUAUAAAGAUUUUAAUUUCCUCUACUUAAAAAUAGACAUUAAUUUAUUAUCAAAAAUAAGUGCUGGUAACCUCAGUAGCUAUUAACAUACUGACAUCAAAUGAUUAAUACACAAAUUAGUUGAUGUGAGUUACCAAAAAAUUGACUUCCUUAACGUUUGCAAGUGUGGCAUGUUUGUGUUGCUACCAUUCCUAAUUUCAGGUGUCUGGUUUGCAGGCAGCUGUUUAAGGUUGGAAAAUAUCUUCCAGUUAGUACCAUUGUUUAAACUAAGGAGGUCUGCUAGAUUUCUUCAUAUUUGAUGUGUUGUAUUUCUAUGUCUUGUCUCUGGGGGUAAAGUAGCGUGGAUGUCAGGCUUUGAAUUUUUUUCUUUCUUCUUCUGGCUAUUCAGGAUGCCCAACGCUGAAACAGACUGGUAUCAAAUGGCCACAAAAAUGCCAGAUGCUGAAAAUAAACUGACAUUGUGACUUGGCUUGUUAACUGUAUUAAUACUGUAUUUGCUUGAAUGCAAAAAGAUGUAAAUUAAAACUACCAUGUUAAACAUGUACCUUUUACCCUGGAGGAAUGCCAUUCACCAAACUGAUUUUUGUUGUCAAGUUCAUUGCGUUUAUGAAACAGUCCUGCUUGCUGGGAGAAAUGUUUUAUGGAUUUUAUGAGUUUGAGUCAAGAGAUGUUUGAGGUUUAUUUUAGCGCUGAAAAAACAAGAGGUGAUUUAAAAAUGAUUUGGUGGCUUGUUCUCUUUUCUGCAGGAUCUUUGCAGAUCUUUUAAUUUUAACAUUAUUUCCAAAACAUAACUUAAAGUGUCCUUUUGUAUGUGACCUGUACUAUAUGAUUCAUUUAAUAUUGUAUAUAUGAUUUACCUUGUCUCAUGUAGUGUUAUAUAUCUAGAUUAAUUUUGUACAAAUUGUCCCUCUGUACAGAAUAAAACAUCAAUAGCAAGUGAAAGAAGUCAAUCUGGCACAUACCGUCUUAUUUCUCCUGUUCUUGGAUGUACUUUCAGUGACACAAGGAUUUAGAAAAUGUUCUUAUUUUUGUUAUUAAAAUCUGCAAAGUUUCCUCCCUCCUCUAUAUAACUGACAAAUGUUUAUACCCGUUGUGUGCUCCUAUCACUGUCUUUAGUGGUGUACAACUAUGUAGGAUGAAUAAAGAGAUUAUUUGAAUAUAUAUAUUUUCAA